AUGCUUGCCAACUUCGACGACGACCGAGUUCGUGACGGCGGCGAGCCGAGUAACCCUGACAGCAAGGCCCGUCUCCUCGAGGGUUUCGCGCUCGGCGCAGGCGAAGAUGGACCCGGCGUGCUCGAGAUGACCGCCAGGGAACUGCCAGGUACCGUGACCGUGACUGCUGAGGCGCCGCCCGACGAGGAGCAUGCCGGUGACCGGGUCGCGGACGACGGCGCCGACGCCGAUGCGCGGGUUGCUGCCGGGUUAGCAGAGGAGGUGAUAUUGGCGUGA